AAAGACCUCAAAUGGGUCACAGUGUUGGAUAAAUGUGUGUAGGCUUGGUAGAGAGAAGAAAAAGAGUACAUAGCAUUAUAAAAAGAAGUAAAUCAUUUUUAAAAGAUAAAACAAAAUCUUUAAAGAGACAGAGUACAGAUAGUCAUAGAUUAAAAAGAGUAAAGAAAAACAUGCCAUGUAAAGAUGGAAAAUUCACAGAGAGUCUGGAUUAUGUAUAUUAUUGUAUUUUUCUUUGAACUUUUUGACUGUGAAAGAGUUAAGCAACCAACAGAUAUACUUUAUAUGUAUCUUGACUUCAGAAUUUGAGUCUAAGGAUAUGUUACUUUGGAAAAGAGGUUCUUCUUUUGUUUCCACAGAGGAUGAGAACCUGUGGAAUCCUUCCAGACUAAUGUGGUUUGAUGAUCCUUCGCGGUUCCUGCUUUAGGAAAAAGUCUGCCAGACAUUCUGCAGGACACACAAAAAAGUGACUGACAAACUACCAAAAUAGGCAGACCUGUCUUUGAAAUUUCCUGCUUCAUAGAAGAAAAGGGGAGGUGAUGUAGAGAAAACUAAACACUGAGAGAAAGGAGGGAGGAACAAGAGAGAAGCCAUGUAGCCCCGCCAGAGAUAAAUGUCGGAACUUUUCCUGGUGGUCAUUAUGGCGAAUAGGAAGUGGCUGAUUUAUUUCAUUUGCCUCUCCCCGUGGAUGACCCACUCAGUCUUCCUUGUUUACAAACUCCAGGAGGGUCAUGCAUGGUUCACAAGUGAUUAACAGACCGUGAGAGCUGACUCCUGUUGAGUCAACAAGGCCCAGGAUGGCAGGCGAAACAAUAAAGGCAUAAAGAGUUAUUGAGUACCAGUGGAGUCGGGCAAUGAUUUAACAUGAUCUUCACUAGAAUCCAGCAUGUCGAAUUUUUCUUCGAGAAAAAAGUCUCCUACUGGAAACGAUGCGAAGAGCACCCAGGGGGCUGCACUAAGACAACAGGGCUUUCAUGAUGUGAACAAAAGAAGGGCUUUCUUGCAGGAUAACAGCUGGAUAAAGAAACGUCCUGAGGAGGAAAAAGAUGAGAAUUAUGGCAGGGUGGUGCUCAGCCGGCAUAACUCCCAUGAUGCCUUGGACAGGAAAAUAGCUGUGAGAGAUGAGCCAAAAGCCACGAUUAGCCGGUACAGAUCUGAUGACGCUCUGGACAGAACACUGUCCACCCUUAGGACACCAGAAGCAACCAAGAUGCCAGCUGGUAGCUCCUUCCCCACCACCAUGGCUUCCACACCUGCUACCACCCCUGUGAAGAAAAAGAGACAGUCCUGGUUCCCACCACCCCCUCCUGGUCACAGCACCUCUCCAAGCCCAGGAACGAGCGGAAGGGAUCUAGCCGUUCACCCUCCGAUACCUCCAAAACCCCGCUCUCCCAUUGCAUCUCCUAAACAAUUGAGACAGAAUAACAGACAGAUACAUGCUGCUACAUCAGGUGCAUACGGAGAAGCCAAUAGACAUCUUGAAAGAAAUAUCAGGACUGAGGAUCUCGAUGACAUCAUCAGGGUGGCUGCUUCGCUUCAGAAGACUGACAAGGGUGAAGAACUGGACAAUCUCAUUAGAAUGAACAAAAGCUUGAACAGAAAUCAAGGUCUUGACGGCCUCUUCCAAGCAAACCUGAAGGCACAGCAGAUAGACAAAAGAGCCCAGAGUCUUGAAAGUCUCAUCUAUAUGAACACCCAGAUGGACGGAGAUGCCAAAGGCAAUCCAGCCUUUGGAAGUCUUAAGAAAAUCCAUCAAAGGACGGACAAAGAGAAAGGCCAAGGCCUCAGACCAGUUCCCAAAAUGAGUGUCACAGCAGACAAAAGCAGCAGAAGAGGUAGAGAGCUUGAUAAUGUUAUGAAGAUCAAGUCCAGAGGACAUGAGAACACUUCUGGGAAACAAGACCUUGAUGGACUGAUUAAAGUGAAUCCUGAGACACACACAAACGUGAAGAGGGGCCAGAGCCUUGACAAUCUGAUCAAAGUCACCCUAGAAGUAAACAAGAGCAACCAUGGGAGUCAAAAUCUUGACAGUUUCAUCAAAGCUGCGCCCACAACCAACAGAGCGGACCAAGGCUAUCAACACGAUCUUGAUGAACGUAUUACUACGCGCUCCAAAGCUACCAAAACUACUGCUGGACACCAAGAUCUUGAUAAGUUCAUAGAAGUGAAUCCUGAUGUUCUUGAAAACAAUCAAAGAAACCAUGACCUGGAUGGCAUCAUCAGAGGGAACCCUACAGUGACAAGACUAAGCCAAGAUUUGGACAACCUUAUUAAAGUGAAGUCUCCUGCCCUCAGAAACACAAAUCGAGACCGGGGCCUAGAAAACUUAACUGAAGUAGAUUCUCAUAUAUCUGAAAAUAAGAAUGGGAGGCUCAAUGGCCAAGUCAAUGAAGUCACCAAAAAUCUACUCAAGGAGUCCACGAGAACCUCUGUCUAUUCUUAUGAGGCCAGAAACAGCCUCAGCUCCAAUGCUGGAACCAGGAAUGUUGGUCCUAAGGACACGGUUGUCUACACAAGGACAUAUGUGGAGAAUAGUAGAUCACCAAAGGACGGAUAUCAGGAAAAUAUCUCAGGAAAAUAUAUACAAACUGUUUAUUCAACUUCAGAUAGGUCUGUCAUUGAAAGAGAUAUGUGCACUUACUGCCGCAAGCCCUUGGGGGUAGAAACCAAAAUGAUUUUAGAUGAGUUGCAGAUCUGCUGCCAUUCCACCUGCUUUAAGUGUGAAAUAUGCAAACGGCCUUUGGAAAAUCUGCAAGCCGGUGACAGUAUCUGGAUUUACAGGCAGACUAUACAUUGUGAGCCCUGCUACUCUAAAGUGAUGGCCAAGUGGAUUCAGUAACACUGAUAAAUGAAGAUGAAAAGCCUUCAGUGAAGAAUUUAAAACUACAUUUUAAGAAUAUAUAAUCUAGAAAAGAUUUACAUUGAAGAUUAUUUCUUGUAUUAACAAUUUUGUUAUUUCACAAGUAAUCUAAUUACUUUGAAUAAGAUAGCACACAUGAAAAGAGCCAUGUGGUAUUUGGUAAGAUCUAGUGAUAAAUAUUCACAUAGUGCUUGCUACCAAAGUCAAUGGCAGUGAGCAUUGUCAACCCUGCACAGGCCAGCCCUGCUCCAUGUUUAGCUGCUCAUCAUGAUUUUCAAUAACCAAGUCUUCCAUCUUCUCACCUAUCUUCCCUAAUAGUGUGUAUUAGCGCUUUAUUGAUACCCUGACAAAUAGGCUGAUAGAAGCAAGAUAUACUUCUUCCUUUUUCUACAAACAAAAAUGCGCAUAGAAAUUUUCUUACAAAAUUUUUCAAGAAGAGCAGUGUAACAAGUCGUUUGAACUUUUGAAAGUCAAAGUUCCCAGACUUCUGUGAUGUUCUCUGUGAUGACACAGACGUUAGACAAAGUAAUUUUUAAAGUCCCUUUUUGCCUUUCCAGUUGUCUGAUUAUAAAAAAAAAAUGGAAUUUUCUGCUUAGAAACAUAUUGGUAUAUUUGUAAACAGUAUUGAGAUAUACAAAUAAUUUCACCUAGUGUCAUCCUUCAGUCUAUCAUAGGCUUAUCUUUUAUAGACUGUUCUUAAAACUGAAAUUAAUAGUUUUAUGGGUGGUAGUUAAAACCAUAUGAUGUGCAAUUUGUUAAACUUUCUUUGCAUGCAUUUCAAAAUCUGAGAAAUAAUAGAUAUGGAUUACAAACAUGUUAUUUGUGUUCAUGUAACAGUUUCUGUUUAC